CAGGAUCAACCACCUCUUGCUGGCAGACGAGCUGCGUCAAAAGACGUUAAUUGAUGCUCUAGGAUAUUCCAAGGAAGAUGCCAUAGUCCCGGAUAAUUACGAAUGGACGCCGCUUUCCUAUCCCGCUACAUAUGAGGAGAAACAAUCACUCAUUGUUACGAAAAUCCAACAACUCAGGGAACAAAAUCGUGCGACUGAAAUCGCUGCAGGAAAGCUCACCAAAGAUCAAAUCGAGGCGGAGAAUACCUUUGAAGUUGGAGUAUGGGAACCGGUGGUUGUUGAGCUGACUAACGACGAGAAUAUGCCACCAACUUCGUUUACAGGUGGCGAUUCACUUGACACUGUCGGUCUAAUGUCUUCGUCCGUUCGAACAGGGGGAGAUCUCUCAGACGACGAUGAUGCUGAUGCGGUGAUGAUGUUUGAUUUCUCUAAAUAUCUCGCUGAAAAAGCUGGUGCUGCGAAGUCUGAUUUUGCUGCUCCACGUCCGGAUAUCCAACCGAUUGGUUGGGGUGGCUUCGAUGAUAGUGUGCCGGAUACGCCGUUUCAAAUUCUCGGCAGUGCCUCCAAUCAAAUAGACAUGACAAGUCUCAUGGCUGAUCUUCAAAGCAAAAUUCUGCCCGAUUUUCAUAACACAUGGACGCCAGCAGAAGAAAAGACAGGAGUUCUUGUUGACGUUGAAAAUAUACCUGCACCUCCGAAAAAAUCGAACGGCUCUGCUAUACAGAACAUUGGCAACACUGUACUUGAGCCCACGAAAUUGUAUCUGGAUAAAAUGGAAAUGUUGGAAGAUCGUGAGCGUGGCCAGAAGGAGGAAAUUGUCGAUUUGAUGCAGUUUGAUGAAGGAGAUGAUAUAGAUUGUAGUACCGCGGUCGAGUGCUGCUCAGACGAUGAAUACGCCCAACUAGAAGAUGGUGAUCGCCAAAAAAAUGAGCGUGAUCAUUCCGUGGUGAUCAAUCGUAAGCUAUCCGAGUUAAGGGUGAAAUCAUCGCUCCAGAGCUACCCAGCUGGCAAAAUCGUUUCCUGCCGGUUUGCUUCGGCGUCUCUGUCCUCCACCUGUAUGGUAUCGAAUGGCACGAAUGGCAUAGCCUCGUUAGACUAUCAUUCCGAAUCACUUCUUACCGAGAAUCCUUACGGUGUUUCUCCUCGUCUGCUGCUGACUGCGUAUCAAUCUGGAACGACUGGAGACAAUAGGAGAUUCGUUUAUGAAGUACUCGGUAACAGACUACCUUUACCAUUCGCACCCAGAUCAAUCAAUCACGAGGGCAAGCUGUCUUUUGCUCGAAGUAAAGAGGUUUCUAAUUGCAAUCUAUAUCGACUUGGUAAACGGCUUGGCAUACCAUCUCUAAUUGUCGCGUCUAAGUUCGAUGUUUAUGACUCUUGGCUUCCUCCAUGUUACAUGCCGAACAAUGACUUCAAGGCGCCAAAUUCUGAAGAUGCAGAAGAACGCGAUAAGUUCAUCGAAGAUGUACUUGAAGGCAACGAGACUGCUCAGAAAUUGCCCAAACCUGUGACUGGAUGGGAUCAGGCAGACAUGAACAAUGAUGUACGGCAACUGGAAAAUGGCGUGGAAACGAUUAAUUUCGCUAAGCCAUCUGCCAAUACUGCGGCCCUAGACGAGUUACCACCGUUGCCAUACAAUAUGUUAACGCAACAGUACAUAAGUGACAAGUCUAUAGCCGACGCAGUUGAGGCUUUGAUCGGUGCUCAUUUGUUGACGCUGGGACCUCAUCCUACGCUAAAGGUCAUGAAAUGGCUCGGUCUAAAAGUGCUGACGGAUGAUGUCGUGGCUGUUGAUCCGUUGUUAAAAUUUGUUAACACACCUGAUUGUCCAAAUAUGGCUGAGCGGUUGUUGCAAGACAUGUGGCAGCAGUUUAAUUUUAGUCUGCUAGAAGAGAGAAUAGGGUAUCGGUUUAACAACAAGGCCUAUUUGCUGCAAGCUUUCACUCAUGCUAGUUAUUUUAAGAAUAGAAUUACGGGUUGCUACCAGCGCUUGGAAUUCCUCGGUGAUGCUGUGCUUGAUUAUAUGAUCACGCGAUACCUUUUCGAAGAUGAACGACAGUAUAGCCCUGGAGUGUUGACCGAUUUACGCUCAGCUCUCGUGAAUAAUACGAUUUUUGCUAGUCUUGCUGUCAAGUACGAUUUCCAUAAGCAUUUCAUUGCCAUGUGUCCGGGUCUACAUCAUAUGAUCGAGAAGUUUGUUAAACUUUGUAGUGAACGGAACUUCUUUGAUGCCAACUUCAAUUCUGAGAUGUAUAUGGUGACAACCGAAGAAGAAAUUGACGAAGGUCAAGAGGAGGACAUUGAAGUGCCGAAGGCGAUGAGCGAUAUUUUUGAGAGUGUUGCCGGAGCAGUGUACCUUGAUGCGAAUCGUGAUUUGGAUAUUGUGUGGCGCGUGUUUUUCAAUUUGAUGAGACAAACGAUAGAAGAAUGUUGCGCGUAUCCGCCACGAUCGCCUAUUCGUGAGCUCAUGGAACUCGAGCCAGGAAAAACUCGCUUCAGCAAAAUGGAAAGAAUCAUUGAGAGCGGAAAGGUGCGAGUGACGGUUGAUAUUGGAAAUAAGAUAAAAUUCACAGGAAUGGGUCGAAAUUACCGUAUAGCGAAAACGACAGCAGCAAAGAGGGCACUCAAGUUCGUUGACGUUUUGUUACUUUCUUUUUUUUAA